UUUAGGAUAAUCCAAACCAGGUAAAAUGAAACGGAAACGAAUUGCGGACGCAGGGAAAGUUAUUCAGUUUUGGAAUUGUUCCUUGCUUAAGAAUCAUGAAAUAAUAAAAGAUGAUCUCUGGAUACGAGAUGGGAUUAUUUUAGACCCCCAUGUUGUCUUUUUUGAUGAAAGUGUUGCUGCGGAUGUUAAGAUUGAUUGUAAGGGAUUAAUAAUUGCUCCGGGAUAUAUUGAUGUUCAAAUUAACGGUAAGAUGCAGUCGUAACUUGAAUAUAUUUUUCAUUUGAGUAAUGUGCAGAUAUGAUAUUUGAUUCAUUGAUUUAUUAAUUAGCUUGGAUUAUUCUAUAAUUAGUUAAUCAGUUUAUUUCAUAAUUGAUUAUUGAUUGCAUUAAUUGAUUUCUAGAUUGUAUGAUUGGACAAUUGAUUAAAUAAUUAUUAACUUAUAGACGAUUCUAUAAUUGAUUGCAUGAUUGAGCAUAAAAUUGAUUGAGUGAUUGGUUCAUUGUCUGAGUUAUUGAUGGAUUUUUUAAUUGAUUGAAUAUUUUUAUUGAAUAUAUCUGAUUUGUUGAUGGAUUGGGUUGUUUGUAUUAAAUAUUAAUUGAUGGCUGAUUGAUUAAAUUACCAGCCAUAAACACAGUUCCACACUUGUAAGAAUAUACCAGUAUGUAUAAAUUAAACAAAACGACGUGCAAAUUCUUGUUUUUGAUUUUAUAAGAUACCUAUAUGUGUAUAUUUAGCCGCGUUUACAUUAAUGAUUAUAACGCUACGGCUAUAACGAGAUUGUACGGCUCUACGUUUCUUAAUAUCUGUUUACACUAUAACGGAGUGGUUUGUGUGGGAAUGAAAACCAAUACGCUAUAUAUGGUAAAUUUGCCAUAGCGUUAUACAGGGUGCAUAAAAAAACUGAACAGACUUGAAAUUGCUUUCAAUUUCGCAAACAGCUAUUAGUAUCCAGUUUUUGAUAUAUAUAACUUCUCUGGGUACUUAUAAUGUGGAAUAAUGAAAAAAAUUCUCGAACUAAACAGGGGGGGGGGUGUCUUUUCCAACAAAAUAAAAAUGGCUUGCGCACGAGAUUUAAAAGCUUUAAUCGUAUUUUAAGUUAAUGGGUGAAAAAUAUGUUGGGUGUUUAAUUGCUGCACGAAAUUUCAGACAAUGCUUAAAAAAAGCCUUUUGCAUGCUAGCUUAAUUAAUGCCUUUGCCUAAUUUGAAUAUUGCAGCAAUAUGCAAAUUAGGUAAAGGCAUUAACCAAGCAUGCAAAAGGCUGAUUUUUUCGGCAAAUUGUCUGAAAUUUUGUACAGUAUUUAAAAACCCAACAAAUUGUCUAUCCAUUAUCUCAAAAUACGAUCAUUAAAGCUUUUAGAUUUCGUGCGCAAGCCAUUUUUAGUUUGUUGGUAAAGAAACACCCCCUGGUUUACAAAAUUUGAGUUCGAGUAUUUUCUUUCAUUAUUCUACAUUAUGGAUACUCAAGGAAUCUAUAUAUAACAAAAACUUGAUACCACGAACUGUUUUGCGAAAUUGAGAGCAAUUUCAAAUCUGUUCAGUUUUUUUUAUACACCCUGUAGUGUAAACCAUAAGCGUACGGGCUGAUGCUUUCCAUGGGGGCAACGCAUACGCCUGCGGCCUGAGUGAAGAGUUAACCUUAUAGUUCUUAUCCUUGUCACUAGGUGGAUUUGGUGUGGAUUUUUCAUCUGACGUAGAGAGCAUAGAGACUGGAAUGGAAGUAGUAUGUGAAAACUUACUGCAAUAUGGCGUGACGUCAUUCUGUCCAACUAUUGUUACUUCUGCCAAGGAAACAUAUCACCAGGUAUGAAAGUUGAUUGUUAUAUGUCUUGCACGGCCAUUGGAGGAUGUAGUAUCAUCACUCGCGCAAUCAACCCGUGCAGCAGUUAUAACUCGGGGCGAAGUUACAAAAUUUCUAUGAUUUUUGAAAGUACCUCUUGAUAAUAAAACUUAUUAUACUUCAACACCUCUUGAUAAUAAAACUUAUUAUACUUCAACACCUCUUGAUAAUAAAACUUAUUAUAAAUAUCAAUGCCCAGCAUAAUGUGCGUAGCUAUUACCAAAUUAAAUUUCGAAUAAGAUUUAUUUAUAAACUGACGUUUCGUUUUAUACACUCAAGACAUCUUCAGAGUUUAAUGAAGUAACUUCAUUAAUUUAAUUUUAAGAUGCCUUGAGUAUAGGACGAAACACGUCAGUUUAUAAAUAUUUUUAUUUAUAAAACGUUAUAAAUUUAAUUUUGUGAUGCCUGAUGGCUCUUUUACGCUGGGCAUUGGUAUUUAUAAUAAGAUUACUAUUCCCGCCUGGUUCAUCGCUCGCAACUAUAAUAAAACUUAUUAUUUAUUUAAAAAAUUCCUGGUUUCUGAUUGGCUAACAGCUAACUGUGAAAUUGUCAUAUCAACUCAAUGGCUAACCAAAUAUGGAUUUUUCACAUUCAUAUUAGCAAAAUGACGUCAAAGAGUCAAUAUGAAAAAAAAUUGGACGCGUUUGCGCCAUAUUACUAUGACGACGAGAAUCAUAUUGACUCGCUGAGACGCUGACGCCAUUGAUAUGACGACGACGACGGCUGCCGAAGGACUAAGGAAUUGGUUUUUUUUCUUAAUACAAAUAAAAUACAAAUAGCUUCCGUUUGUUUUGAAUUUUUAAAUAAAUAAUAAAACAAUUAUUGAAUUCGGUUUUCGCACAAUAUGAAGAAUUAUCAAGCCCUCAAUUUGCCGUUAUCAACCUCAGCCUUCGGCUUCGGUUGAUAACAAAGCCUUCGGCUUCGGUUGAUAACGGCAAACUUUGGGCUUGAUAAUUCUUCAUAUUGUGCUCAACCUCAUUCAAUAAUUGCUAAUUAUUUCACUCCUAAUUGCAUGGACGCAAGACCAGCGCUUACAGAAUACUGCCCAAAAGAAGCUUUCACUCACGUUUAGGCUCAUGAAUCAGACGGAAGAUGCAUAUAUACGCAGACAAUUAUAACCUUAUCAGGUUGAUGUUAUUUUUCUCUUAGCUUCUUCCAAAAAUCGAGAAAAGCUCAAAAAACACUCAUGGUGCAAGUAUUCUUGGCAAGUAAAUACAAAGUUAAAUAUUUUGAUUGCAUUACACUUUCUUUCGACUUCUACUUGUUCUAGGAUUUUGUUUUAGAUAUGUUUCAUUGAUUAUACCUGGGCAUCGAAUAAGGUGAAUAUGGAAAUGAACUCAAGACAAACAAAAUCUUAAACCAAACAAACCGUAAACAAUAUGCAAAAAUCGUGAAAAGGCGAGGCGCAGCCGAGCGUUUUAUGUCCGAUAAAACACUCCUACUCGUGUUUUGAAUAGCUUAAAAUACGACUACAAAAGAAUACUAAUUAGGAUGAACGGCAUGAACCAUUAUAUAAGUAUAGGUAAUCAUGCGAUGGCGCGAGUACAAUUAGGGAUUAAUAGUACGAGUGAUGUUUGGAAAUUUUGCCAUGACAAAAUUGGAUACUUUUCAAUGUCAACAUCAUAUUCUCUCGCCAAAGUCCAGUCCUGCCAGACUUUCAACCAAAAUUUGGUGCUUUUGUUCAUAUUUUCAUUUAGUUCAUUUUGUUAAAUAAAUGCAAAAUUUGGUGCUUUUGUUCGUAUUUUCAUGUAGUUCCUCAAGGGCAAUUUCAUUUCACGUUUGUGUUUAAAAUACCUUUCCGCCAUUUUGUUUGUUUUGGGAAAAUCAUUAAUUGUACUGCUGUACAAUUAAUGAAAUAAUCGUACUCCUCUCAACCAAUCAGCAUCCAGUAAUUUUGUCAUGCUAAUAAUAAUCAUACUAAUUAUAGGAUGAACAAUUAUAUAAUGCCGCAUGCUUUAUCAGAUCUAAACUCACUCCACGUGACAUAUUAUGGCUGACAUGAUUUGCCACAAGGUUUAUGAAUUAUUAAUGAGUAUUUUAAAGUUAUAUCAACACGAGUAGGAAAACGAGAAAUUGUGUGGAAACACGACACCCGAAUUGUGGAGUCAGUGUUUUCACACAAUUUCGAGUUUUCCCAAUUUCCACGAGUGUUGAUAUAACUGUUUUCCAAUACGGAAAAAUGUUUUAUAUAUUUUUAUAACAUAGCACAAAGAAAUAUAAAGAAAGAAAUUUUCCGUGUUGACAGUGAGUUAUAUCAACACGGCUCUUAGCCAAUCAGCGUUCAGAUUUACAAAUGAUUUAUUAUAAUAUUUGUUGUGUAUUAUUGUUUGUUUGAUAGCAAAUAUUGACGUUUAUAUUCAGCACGAUAAUGUUUAUAUUAAUUACUGAUCUAAAUUUAAAAGAAUACCUUACCUUACAUGUACUCUGAGUUUUAUUAAGAGUUUUAUGCAUUAUAGGAUUACAUUUAGAAGGUCCUUUCAUCAGCAAAGAAAAGAAAGGAGCGCACAAAGAACUAUUUAUUGAAGGUCUAGAUUCACAAGGAGUAAAUAAAAUGAUUGAACAUUAUGGUACAUUGGAUUUUGUCAAGAUUAUAACAAUGGCACCUGAACAACCGUUUGCUUUAGAAACAAUCAAGGAUCUGGCCAAGAUGGACAUCACUGUAUCCAUAGGUUAGACUCACAAUAAAUAAACUGAACAAUGUAGAAUUUGCAGUUUUAUAGAAAAUGGAGAAUUUACGUUAAAUAUGAAUUUUCAUAAUUCAUAAAAACAACUCCUAUAAAUGGUUUAACCCCCCCCUCCCCCCCCCUCCAAUUUUUUAAAAUGCUUUCCGUUAGUGCUUCGAAUUAUUUUAACGAGUUUAAAAAAUGGCGUGACAGAGUUUUUAAAAAAUGCGUCAUGGAUAGGAUAGGUCCUCAUGCACUUUCGCACAGAUAGAUUGGCCCUCCUCUCAUAAUAGACUAACUUACUUCCUGACGAAGCGCCUUCGCCCGGAACAUCGAUGUUCUCCUUGUAUUUUUCAGGUUGUUGAAUUCCUAUAUCAGUUUUGUUAACUAAGGAAAAUGCAUUUCUGUUGAUUUUGCAGGUCACACCAUGGGAAGUCUGGAUAUAGCAGAAGAUGCAGCACGAUGUGGAGCAAGAUUUAUAACACAUUUGUUUAACGCAAUGUUGCCGGUAAAUACAUUUCGUUUGAUUUUAAGCUAAAUAUUUGAUGAUUUUUGCUUACCUACUGUAUGUCUAUGCAUUUAAUAACUUUUGUCCACCUUGAAUAUUUAUUGGUGCAUUGGUCUCAAGUCAUCCUGAUUUAUUAAUUUAAUUUAAUCAAGUUUUACUACACACAAAAACUAAUAUAAAUAUAACAAUACGCAGAAAGAAGAAUAGAAAGGAACUAAAAGAACCAUACUAAGCUAUUCCACCAAAAACAAUUGAUCACAAGGAUCAAAAAAGGACUCGGAACAAGCUCUGUGGGAUCAGAGGCGACCUGUAUGGAUUCGGAGUCACCUUGGUGUGCUCAGACACGAGCUGAAAUGUAAAAGAUAGAUGAAGCUAUAGCACCCAACAAGGGGGAAUUUCGUUCUCGACCAAUCAGCGCUUUUGUUUACAUUUUUGCCCUAAGCCAAUCAGAAUGCGUAAAACGCUUCAUCACAUGAAAUUUGUAAACAAACAUAUGGGGUUACUUCAGAGCUUUUCUGCAAGCGGUUUUUUUGGUUUUUGCCAUGAAAUUGAUAUAUGUUGUUCUUAAAAGAAUUCUCCUCAACUUCCUCGUGGCGAUUUUUGAUUAAUUGUGUGAUUGCGAAGAUAUGGGUCUUCAAACUUUGCCUUGCGCAAGCUUAAAUACCACCCCUCGAAUUUGUAGGUUCCGAACGGAUUAGCGUUUUUAAAAGCCUUUCAAAUCGAGGUUUGAGACGUUUUAUUUUUUAAAAGAUACUUUGAUCUUCAUAUUUUCACAUUAACUUAUUAAUAUCCUGUGUAACAAGUAAACAGGACAUUUCCGGGCCGGGACAAGUUGACAUGUCGAUUUCUUGCCAAACAGCGUGGCGAUCAAUAUGGCGAAUAUCUAAAUACAGGGAAUUUUUAAAAUUUUGUUACUAUAAAUGGGAUAAAGAAGCUCAUCAAAUAUUUGGACUAUGGACCUUCAAACUUAUGCCAAGUAUUUAUUUGAUUGAUUAGCUCAAUAACUGUUUUUUGGCUCGUUUUUCGUCGAUUUCGACAUUUAGUCGAGCUUAGUCGACUUCAAAAUAAUGUGUCAACAUUGCGUGUUGCACCCUGUGGACAUGAAUAUUUUCGUUUGUUUGACAAUAACACUUGUCUUCAUUGGUUUUAAUCCUUGAUUGACAAUAUAUUCAUUGGUCUCAGAGUCCUAAACUUAAGGAAGAUGGAUGACAUUGGGACAGAAUGAUUUUGUUCAAUGUUGCUGUUCAGGUAUCAAAAUUUAUGGAUAUAUACCUCUAUAUGAACUUCAUUGUUUUUUUACUUCAUCUGGCUCACUUGUCACAAUUGGGCCCUGUUCAUAUUACCUGGCUAGGUGGGAGACGACAUUUGCCAGUAUGUUCUAUCCUAUCCUCAGUGGCGGCGCCAGGCUUCCAAAUUUGGGGGGGCAUUUGAGGGGCAAACUCAAAUUUUGGGGGGGCAAAUAGAAUUUUUAAAAAGGUCGCCCCCCAGGAAAUCCCCCCCCCCCUCAAAACGUGGCGAUAUUCCUAGCAAUAUCGCCCCCGGGGGCGAAUAUCCUAGGAAUAUCGCCUCCCAGGGGUGUGGGGCGAAUACCAUAGGUAUAUCGCCCCUCUUUAGGACAUUCGCCCCCCAUAUAUGCGAUGUGGUUUAUUCAAAUAAUUUCGUGAUACUUUCAUCUUAUUAUUGCCUUACACGUUUGAGAAUUUAACUCUGCAACUUAUAAGCCAUACAUUUUCCGAUAACGACAGAACGCUUGUGUAGCCUUUAGUCGCUCUUAGUGAUUAAUAAUUUUUUUUGAGGGGGGGCAAAAUGGGGGGGGGAAUAAAUAAUUUGCAUUUGCUCCUUGCCCCUGGCGCCGCCACUGCCUAUCCUGCUACUAUCGGCCUAUAGCUAAGCGUGAGGUUUCCAUUGCCAGAAUCCUGGCUAUAUGUAAGCCAAGAGAUUCACCAUAUACAAUAAGGAUAUUCAAUAGGCACUGUAUACCAAACAGGCAACAUGAAUUAGGCUUCAAGCAUGUGUUCCGGAUAGUCUAGAUCAUAUAAACAGGUCCCCAAUAGAUCCCGAUCAACUAUAAUUGAAACAUUUUAGUCCAUAAAUUUGUGCAUUACCAGAAUACCUGUGCACAAAUGAAUAUUUUACACAUACUAUAUAAUGCAAUCCAAUAUUAAGCCCCCAGUAACCUCACAAAUAGGCCUCCCUUCCAAAAAUCAGAUCUCCCUUCCAAAAAUCAGAUCUCCCUGUUAAGGGCUGUCAAAAUGGGCCAUGCUAGCCCAGCAAACAUGGCUGGAUUUUCUUUUCAGGGCUAGUUUGUCAUUUGCCUUACAGGAGCCAGGCUAACCUGGCAACUGUUGUCAAGAAAUUUGUGUGAAAUGCUGGUUAAUUUGUUAAUGACAACAGCUUCAGAAGGCUUAUAUUAAUCAAUUUCUUACUUACUUGGGCCAAAUUGUGUAUUAUAACAUGAUUUUUAGUCGAGUGAGCUGGUUGGCCAGCUUAUGACCUUUAUUAGUGUGAGACUCCCAAUGCAGGAUAUCAACUUGCUCAAGCAAAUGCUGGGCCAAUAAAUUCAACCAGGCUGUUUCAUGUGAAUGCAAUCUCAAACAUAUAUAAAAUUAAUAUACGAGGCAGUAAUCUUACCAUGGGCAGGUGUAUAUUUAGCCCAUAUAAAUGGGCAAGACCAGCUUGCCCAGUGUGAUAUUAUACUACUGACAAUACCUGGUUGAUUCUACAAGAUUAUGGCCUAAAAUGUUCCAAUUGUAGUUUCAGGAUCUGCUAAGGGUCUGUUGAUAUGAUCUGGGCUAGGCAGCAUGGGACCCUAAAGGCAAGUUCAUGUUGCCUGGUUGUGGGAUAGAAUGUUUACUGUAAAUGGUGAAUUUCUUGGCUUGCAUAGUUGGGAUUCUGGCAACGGAUACCUUGUGCUUAGCCAGGAUAGUAGCAGGAUAGUAUAUCGGCAAUACUGGCAAAUGUUGUCUCCUGCCUAGCCAGGUCAUAAGAACAGGCCCCAUUUGUGACUAGUGGGCCAGAUUAAGGAAGAAACAAUGAGGGUCCUAUGACUAUGCUCUGUGACUAUAUAUGUCCAUAAAUUUUGAUAUCUGAACAAAAUUUUGAUAUCUGUCCCAAAGUCAUCCAUCUUCCUUAAGUUUAGGACUCUGAGACCAAUGAAUAUAUUGUCAUUCAAGGAUUAAAAACAGUGAAGAAAAGUGUUAUGGUCAAACAAACGAAAAUAUUCAUAUCCACAGGCUGCAACACGCAAUGUUGACACAUUAUUUUGAAGUCGACUAAGCUCGACUAAAUGUCGAAAUCGACGAAAAACGAGCCAAAAAACAGUUAUUGAGCUAAUCAAUCAAAUAAAUACUUGGCAUAAGUUUGAAGGUCCAUAGUCCAAAUAUUUGAUGAGCUUCUUUAUCCCAUUUAUACCAACAAAAUUUUAAAAAUUCCCUGUAUUUAGAUAUUCGCCAUAUUGAUCGCCACGCUGUUUGGCAAGAAAUCGACAUGUCAACUUGUCCCGGCCCGGAAAUGCCCUGUUUACUUGUUACACAGGAUAUUAAUAAGUUAAUGUGAAAAUAUGAAGAUAAAAGUAUCUUUUAAAAAAUAAAACGUCUCAAACCUCGAUUUGAAAGGCUUUUAAAAACGCUAAUCCGUUCGGAACCUACAAAUUCGAGGGGUGGUAUUUAAGCCUGCGCAACGCAAAGUUUGAAGACCCAUAUCUUCGCAAUCACGCAAUUAAUCAAAAAUCGCCACGAGGAAGUUGAGGAGAAUUCUUUUAAGAACAACAUAUAUGAACUUCAUGGCAAAAACCAAAAAAACCGCUUGCAGAAAAGCUCUGAAGUAACCCCUUAUGUUUGUUUACAAAUUUCAUGUAAUGAAGCGUUUUACGCAUUCUGAUUGGCUUAGGGCAAAAAUGUAAACAAAAGCGCUGAUUGGUCGAGAACGAAAUUCCCCCUUGUUAUAGCACCCUUAAAGCUAGCUUGGUUCACACUAGCAAUUGUGUCGGCGAUUUUGUGUUUCUGACGGAUGCAAAUGAGUGAAUUCGCACACAAAAGUAUGAACUCGCUUUUCAGAAGUAAACAAAUCUAAGCUAGUGUUCUGCAUGUCAUUCAUUUGAUCACAUUUGCCAGGAGGGAAAAUCGCUAACAUAAUUGUUAGUGUGAACCAGCCUUUAGUUGCAGAUUGAAUCAUAUCUGUGGCUGCGAGUUUUAUAUCUUGCAGUACGUACGUCUCUAUCUUGUAUACUAGUAACGCAAACAACAGACUCCAGUGAGUGGCAGCACACUUCACUUGAUGAGUAAACUCAUCUGGCGCUAGACAGAGCAAACUAAUAAAGUAUGGCACAUCAGGGUGUAUUACCACUUAAAGGGUUAAAUGUGUUUUGUAAAAAUCUUAUCCAUGCACCAUGAACGUGAAUACAUUGUUUUAUGUGUUUAGUUUCACCAUCGUGAUCCCGGUGUUGUUGGUUUAUUGACAAGUGAUCAUAUUCCGGAGCCCAUUUAUUUUGGUAUUAUUGCUGAUGGUAUUCAUACACAUCCAACCGCGUUACGUAUUGCUCACAGGAGCCACCCACACGGUACGAGUCACUUCUUUUGAUCUUGUUGGUUAUAUACAUUUAAACGUAUGACGUCCUUAAUAUCACUGGGCGGCAUCAUGGUUGAGUCUACUUCAGCCGUUACAGUGAAGUAGUGUUUUACCUCCGCCAUGAGUUUAUGUUUUGAUCGACCCCUUUCCGAAGGAUGCAAUUCAUGCAUAUUUCGAAAGUCAACUAAGAUGGCGUCCAUUACAAACAGUCAACUAUAACUGCGUGGUGGUACAUACACCAUCGAUUGCUAAUAUUAAUUUGUACGGAGUUUUGUGCCAUCUCCAGUCUAUUCUUGUAUCGCAAGCCGAGUUUAGGAUCCCGUAUUUACUCUUGUGUUUGGGUAAGUAGACUUGUGGUUAGUUCUCUCCUUUGCUUUUGGGGUUUUUCUCCGGGUUCGUUAACCCAGUUAACCCUUAGACCUUCCUCAAGCACUUGAGCCUGCAGUGAACUGAAAAACCACGCCCUGUUUCAACGACACUAAGUAUAGGUAAUCAUGCGAUGGCGAGUACAAUUAGGGAUUAAUAGUACGAGUGAUGUUUGGAAAUUUUGCCAAAAUUGGACGAGCCGCUACUUGUUUAUUAUUAGCAUGACAAAAUGGGAUACGUACUUCUCAAUGUCAACAUCAUAUUUUCUCGCCAAAGUCCAGUCCUGCCAGACUUUCAACCAAAAUUUGGUGCUUUUGUUUGUAUUUUCAUUUAGUUCUUUUGUUCAAGCAAAAUUUGGUGCUUUUGUUCGUAUUUUCAUCUAGUUCCUCCACGGCAAUUUCAUUUCACGCUUGUGUUUAAAAUGCAUUUCCGCCAUUUUGUUUGUUUUGGGAAAACAUUAAUUGUACUGCAGUACAAUUAAUGAAAUAAUUGUAUUCCUCUCAACCAAACAGCAUCCAGUAAUUUUGUCAUGCUAAUAAUAAAUAAAUAAAAAAUAAUUACGGAAUGCCAUUAGCUGGAGUCUACCCUUGCGACCAAAUGACGACUCCUCUGACAAUGUCCCAUGAAUAUUUCUAUAGGAUUAGUUCUGGUCUCGGACGCCAUAGCUGCAUUAGGAUUACCUCCUGGUAGACAUUGUCUAGGAACUGUUGAAGUAGAGAUACAUCCUAACAUGGCAACUGUAGCAGGGUUAAAAACAUUGGCUGGAAG